GACAAGGCCGUCUAGCCAACAGGAUGGCAGUUAUCCUUUCGUCGCGGUGCCGUUCGUCUCGUUCCCGCCUGGAGUACGCGCGACAUCAAAACACCGACGCCGAACAAUAUAUUCCGUACUAACAUGCUAUUAUACUCGUAAGAAAAUAUAAGCUCCUUGUGUGUGAAAAAUAUCUUUCGUCGCACGUACCAUUUUUUAUGUAAAAAGCCAUGUUUCUGUGUACAAUGUGAAAAGUUUUAAACUUGGAAGUUUCUGUACGCUGUUCGUAUUGAAGUUUGCAAUAGUGGAUAUUGCACUUUCAAAAUGGUCCUCUUACUCUACUGCAUUUUCUGUCUCCCUCUAUUUAGUACUACAGGUGCGGAGGACAGUGGUGGUUCACGAAAAUUUCGUGAUUUCUUGCAAGAAUGGCCAACACCAGGGACCGGACCGUACUUUGACACAUCCAUAAAUUCUAAUAUUACGGGAUUGGUUGGAAAAACGGUUGUUAUUCACUGCAGGGUCAAGAACUUGGGAAACCGUACGGUAUCCUGGGUGAGGCACAGAGACAUACACUUAUUAACGGUUGGUAGAUAUACGUAUACUUCAGAUCAAAGAUUUGAAGCGAUUCAUACCCCACAUACAGAAGAAUGGUCACUAAGGAUACGUUAUCCUCAGAAAAAGGAUUCUGGAAUAUAUGAAUGUCAAAUCAGUACGACUCCUCCUGUGGGGCAUCCAGUAUAUUUAACAAUUGUCGAGCCGAUCACGGAGAUACUUGGCAGCCCUGAAUUAUUCAUCAACAUGGGAUCGACCAUCAACCUGACCUGCCUGGUGCGGUAUGCGCCCGAACCUCCGCCCGCCAUGAUCUGGUCGCACAACCAAUUAGUCAUUAAUUUCGACUCGCCACGCGGCGGCAUCAGUCUCGUCACCGAAAAGGGGCCGACGACAACCAGCCGCCUCCUUAUUCAGAAAGCUGCCCCGACUGAUUCGGGGAUAUACACUUGCGCGCCCUCCAACGCCAACUCCGCUACGAUACGGGUGCACAUCUUAAAUGGUGAACAUCCAGCCGCAAUGCACCAUGGCCACGGGCAUCUAACAAGAUUGUCCCAUGUUACUUUACUGAUCAGUCUAGUUUUCGUAUUAAUAUUGAGACCUCCCACGUAACAUUAAAAUCUGCCAGGUGGUACAGCACCUUCAGACACUUUGUGAUCAACUAAUUUAUUUUCUGUUAAACAGCAUAUAAAUUUAUCGACCAUGGACAAUUUAAUAUCUUGUCUGACAGACAUCUGGUAAACUGUGUGUCAGUUUUAUUGAUGAACUACAUUAGUGCACGUAAUUACUUUUAUAUGUGCGUUUGUGGCUGCAUGGAUAUUGUCAAUUAGGAUAAUUAUAUCUCUGAUUACCGAGGAUAAUAGUGACUUCAAUUUAUCCCAUUUCAAUUAUAUUAAAUGGCCAAUCUGAAAUAUAAUUAUUGAUCGCAAUUAGCAAGGGAAGAGUUUUAAUAUGUUGCGGGCAGAGGGUCAUUAUUGAUCCGUUGAUCAUAUCAAUCACAGCUCUUUUAAUUGGAUUGUUACUCUUAAACGUUUAUUUAAUUGGAAAUCUACUGAAUAAAUAAAACCCCAUUAAAGUACUUAUAUAAUGUAUAAGUAGUUUAUAUUAAAUUUUUAUCAGAAGUUUAGUAUGUAAAAGCAACAUGACGUAUGUCACAUUUACACUAAAAUGAAUCAGUCGAUUUAAAAUACUCAAUAAAGAUCAAAUAAUUUUAGUUAUAAUUAUAAAUUAUUAUAUAAUCAAAAAAGUCUGUAUGUAAUUAUAAGUUAAUGGAGAGCUAAUCUGUUAAUUAUUUCAUAAAAAGUUGUGGUAAAUGUUUAAGCAAUAUAAUAUAUAGCAAUUUUAAACUAUAUAUACGACUCUGCCUAAAUGUAGGUCUAAAAAUAUAAUCGAAUUAAUAUACCUAAUGAACACCGUUUAUUCUAAAAUCUAUUCUAGAUCUAGAAAAAUAUAUAGUGUCCUACGGGAAACUUUUUUUAAUGAAGGGCAAACCAGAAUUAUUUCCUUGAUUGAUCCACAAUUUUCUCCCAUACUCCAGUCGAGACCAAACGUCUCGAUUGUUCAGUCGGGUUACUCCGCUGUGAAUUUAGAUCGACUUGAAUCAUCCGAUUGUUUAAAUAUGUCGGAUACGUUGAACUAAAUUAUACAGAAGUGGGUUUCAUGCCACCUAAGGAUAUGCAAAACUAGAGAUACGUCACGUUGUUUUUCCAGUGGGGAAUAAUGUUUUUCAGUGCAGUUGCAGUAUCUUGUAACUGAUGUAUUUCGAAUGUGAGAUAAUCUAAUUAGAUAAUCAUUUUAAGACAAUAUAAAUAUAAUUUACACGUAUCAAUGUCCAUGCAAUUACCCAAAACAUUACCGCAUAACUCUGUAUUGUAUAUCACAAAUGUGUGUACAUAUCAAAUAAUUAAGCAACGAUUUUGUCUUGUAUAUAUUGUGAAAAAAUAUUCUAAUUAAUAUUAAGAUCGUUUAAAUAUUUUGUAUAUAAUUAUAGUUGUCCAAUAGUACGUUAAUCAAUUAACAAUUAUAAGCAAAAAAAUUUAUAAAUUUUCUGAUGGUUUAUAUAUUUAGUGUACAGAAUAAUUUAUUG